AUGGCUGUCAUGAUCCAUCUCUUUGCUUCUGCCGGCAAAGUGGUCAACCGUGACCCUACCUGCGGCUUCAUCUACGCCUUCACCAAGCCUUUCUUCGAGGAUGCCAUCUGCUAUGAAAACAAGCUCGACAGCGGCAAGUGGACGACUAGCUUCAUCGACCCAAAGGCCGGCAUUUCCAAACUUAAACAGACCGACAGCGCCAUCUUCGCCGGUGAUAGGGUCAAGUAA